AAGGUGGCAGGGCGGCUCUUUCUCCUUCCCCGGCCUCCUCGCAGGCCUCGGCACUGCCCUCCUCAGCCAUUCUCCGGAGAGGAACUGCGGGGGCAUGGCAACCCUCUGUACCCACAGGGCCUGGGCCGCCCUUGCCACGUCCCUGCCUCUCCCCUGAGGCAGGAGACAGAGGAUACAGGACCUGUCCCCGUCCUGAAGGACAGCAUGUGCCCAUUUUGACGUUCCAAACCCAUCUGGACGAGUUCCUGCAGCACCUACUCUAGGUGGUCCUGCGUUGGCAGGGGAGUUUGACUGGAUGAGCUUUUGAGGUCCCUUCCAGCCCUUGUGAUUUCACCGCAGAGGUGAGGAGCCCUUGGUGCUGCUGGAGCUCUUCACCGUUGGAGCACAAACAGCUGGGCACACCAGGACUGCACCUGCCCAGCAUCCUGGAUGUGUGCUCUGCCGAACUGAAGGCCCCAACUGCCUUGCAGAGGGUUGGGAUUAGCUGAAAGGAGACAUGGAAUUUGUGCCCAAGCCUGAAAUAGACAGACGGUUGGAAAAGAAGCUGAAGAUCACACAGAAGGAAAGCAGAAAGUCCAAAUCUCCUCCUAAAGUGCCGAUAGUGAUUCAGGACGACAGCCUUCCCACGGGUCCUCCCCCCCAGAUCCGCAUCCUGAAGAGGCCGACGACCAACGGCGUGCUCAGCAACCCCAACUCCGCCAGCAGACCUGCCCUGCCCGUCAAAUCCCUGGCGCAGCGGGAGGCGGAGUACGCGGAAGCCAGGAAACGAAUACUGGGCAGCGCGAGCCCUGAAGAAGAGCAGGAGAAACCCAUCCUAGAUAGGCCGCCGAGGAUCUCCCAGCCAGAGGACACCAGACAGCCCAACAAUGUGAUUAGGCAACCCUUGGGUCCCGAUGGCUCGCAAGGCUUCAAACAACGCAGAUAAAGGCGGGCGAGCGAUGCUGCUGCGGAAGGCAGGGUCCCCCGCCGCGGGUCGCGCUGCCGCGGCGGCCACACGGACUUGAGCAAAGGGAAACUCCCUGGUUUUAUUUGCACUGUGAUUCCCCUUUUGCUCUGCCCACUGUGACCUUCAACCCCACGCACUGUGACCUCCCCUCUCCACCCACUGUGACCGGCAAACCCGAGAAGGGCUGUCCCUGAGUCGCUGUAAAAACAAAGGGGGACAACGAAGAGGGGCAGGGGAGGGGAUGGGUGUAAAGGACUGGGCCGGGUGCAGGGAGUCGUGUGUGUGCCACUUGGGUUGAAGCUAACGCCAGCAAUAACGUUUGUUGUACUCAUAACCUGGCAUUUAAGGAAAAACAAAACAAAACAAAAUGGGAAGCCUCCCCAGACGUGCAUGUUUGUCCUCCUGGCUUUAAGAGCAAGUUCUGUUUCAAAGGAGCUGCUUCUGGUUUUACUUUUGUUUGUUUUUUCAGUGGAUCAGAUGGAUGGAGUGCACAGGAAGGGUUCUAACCCUCCGGUUUUAAUUGAGAAGAGGUAGUUAAGCAUUCAGAAAGGGGUUUUGGUGAAUUUCUGCCACUUUUUUAACGCCUCAGACCUGGCAAACUCUCGCUUCUCCCUUUCCACCACCGCCAAGCACGUGGAAGUGGAGACUCCCAGAUACCUGGCCUUCCCCUGGGGAGCUGGCUGAGCCCGACAGCCUCCUUUACCUCUUGUCCCUGUUAAAGCUUGGCUCGUAUUUUCUGCUGGCUUUGAGGAAAAAAGGUUAAAAUACUUCUUUUUUUGUUUUGUUUUGUUUUGUUUGUUUGUUUUGUCUUUCUAUUUUUUUGGGGAGAAGGGAAUGUAGAGUGAUCCCAUGGAAAUGCCUGCUGCCCGCCCGCCGGCGGCGGCGAAGAAUUAGGGCUCCGUUGUGAGGAGGAGGAGGAGGAAAUAGCAGUGACUGCUGUGCCCUGGGAAGUAGCUGGUGAAGGAGCCCCACGGCCUGUGCUCCUCAAGGGCCCAAACCUGCGUGGCUUAAGGACAGAGCGACGGCUCUGCUCGCUCUCUGGGUCACGGUACGAGCUGUGUGUUUGCCUCCCGACGUGGGGAACAAACCCCGCCGCUGGAUAUAAAGCCUGGAUGAUUCCCCCACGCCUCGUCUUCCUGGCAGCAGCUGGUUCCCCGUGUGAGGCUUCGGGGAAGGGAUUUUCCUCCUCUGGCUCCUGAGAAGAGGACAAGGGAGGCUGGCACGGGGCUGCAGGAAGGCGGAUGUCACCCGCCCGGAUCAAGCUGACCUACCUUAAUAUCACUUUUGAGGGAUUAGAUGAACACUAAAACGCUCUUCGUGGAGGGGACAGUACCUAGAAAAUCCAUGUUCUGGUUCUUGGUGGAUUAUUCUGUAUGGGUGCAACUUUGGUUGCUCAGUAGGUUCAAGGGUAAACGAGCAAAUUGUCUUCUAUGCGAAGGGAAGUGACCGUACAAAGACAGACCUGUAUGGAAAUACAGCUUAAAAACAACCAACCAAGCAAGCAACGGUAAAAUAAAACUACCUGUGUCUAAAAAGAAGCCGCCAGAGCGUUAAUUAGCUGGUUAAAAGCUGAUUAAAGCACGGAGGAUGCUGGUGAGGUGGGGAUGGAUGGAUGGAGGGGCAGGUGUUCCCCUGGGGAACCCCAACCGCUGCUGCUUUCUGGGGGGGAGGUCUUGUAUUUAUCCCCCUUCCCUUUGCCAGGCUGGUGGUUGGGAUGAGUCCCCGGGGCUGGGGGGGAGUGGGAGGGCAGAAAGACAUCAGCAAUAACUGUAGUCACCGCGCCUUUCCUUAAUGAGUACUCAAAAUAGCUUUCAAUGGCCAACCUCCCCCCCCAUAUUCACUCCAUCCUGGUGUAAACGGCCAGUGCUGAGGUCCCCACCUCCACCACUGAAAUCUUUGUGUUCGACACCAAAAAAAAUCUCCUGACCAGCACUGCAAUCUCCAUCUGUGGCACUGAAACCUUCCCCCCACCCCGACUCCUCCCUCCCGGUGCCCAGGACACGUCCCACCCGCGGGCAGGGCUCGGCGGCAGGUCCUGGGAAGCCCCCUUGUCCCGGGAAGGUGGUGGAUAAACACGGUGCCACGUGUUUUCCCGACACCUCCCCCCCAAAAAAAACCCCAUGCGCCGAAAAGAAACCGUUUUAUAAAUUGUAUUUUAAAUAAAUGUCUUUAAACUUUUAACGACUUUUUUUCUCUCCUUUAUCCCUGUCUCUCGCAGGGGCUGCAGCAAGAGGGAUGUUUCGGUGGCAGCUUAAGCUCCCAGUGCGAGUA